AUGAAGAUGGUGCAAAGAAAGGUGGCAAGCAACAAGCUUGGAAAUCAAGCUGGUAGCCUCGUAACAGAGAAGAUGAAGCCAUCGUUGCAAAACCAUGAUGGCAAGAGCAAAGGAGCUGAUUUGAAGUCCGUUAAGAUGAAGAAAUCUCGGUCUGUCAAACGAACCAAUGUUGAGAUUGGUCUUCACUCGAGGCCUGAAGUCCGUGAAGCGCCUCUGCAGACAGGAAAGCCGGCUCCCAUUGUCACACCAACAAACACGCCAAGCCCCAAGAAACCAUUACCAUUACCAUGUAAGUCUCCUUACACCUCCCCGAAUUAUAUGAAGAGUACAAAUAGUUCUGAGGCAAGAAAGGAGAAAGUAACAACUAAGGUUAGCAACACUAUUAGCACCUCAAAGCUUCAUAGAGUUGCAAACUCAGUAACCAAAUUAUCUAGUUUUCAAAAAAUGAGGGCCUUAAUAAAAACACCUAGCUUUAAGCACACAAGAUCAGGAGCCUGCAAAAAGGUCGUUUUAUGCAAGAGUGAUUCAGAUGUGGAAAGAGCUACUUGUUCAUCAACCCUGAAAGAUUCCAAGUUUCCCACUUACCUUAAACUUAAGCCCGGGGCAACUGAAUCUGAAGGGAACUCUGUGUUUAAAGUCUGCCCUUAUACUUAUUGCUCCCUUAACGGCCAUCACCACAUUGCUGCACCUCCCUUGAAGAGGUUCUUGUCUUCAAGGCGACGACUGCUGAAGACCCUUAAAGUUAAACCAGAAGUUGUUUCUCCUCGUAAAGCUAAGGCAUUUGAGAAUAACGAAAACAGAGGAGGGGAUCAGAAAGAAGAUUUCUUCGUUCAAGUCUUUGUCCCUGUCCCUGAUAGAGGGAUUGCUACACAGGUUUCUGUUAGCUUAUCAGAUGGACCAUCCUCUGAGAUGGAUUUUCAGGAUCAAACUGAAGACACUGAUCUAUCCGGCAUGAACUUCAGUCUCAAAGAUGAAGACUAUCCCCCAACUCCUCUUCAGAAACAAACAUCAUUUGAGAGUCAGAGCUCUCCUAGUGAGUUCUUUUGCGAAAACUCAGAUAUGGAAUGGGAAGAGGGACAAAGUCCUACCACCCAUGGCAACUAUGGGAUUUAUGCUAAGACGGAUUACAGUGAAGAUCAAGAUGAACCAGAUUUUGAGUUGAGCAAUAUUGCUAGCGAGUAUUUGGAGUUCCUAGCUGACACAUACCCACCGUAUUUUCAUGAUGAAAUGGUGGAGUGUCUGAGUUUCAGUGAUAUUGAUUCUUUCUCAGACAGUCAGUCUACCCAGACAGGGGAUAAUAAGCACACAGAAGAGCAAGCAAUGGUCACAGCUGAUAUGAAUUCUGAAUCAAAGAAAGAGAUAACUAAGGAUUCUCACCUAGCCAAGAAAGUGACCGUCCUUGCUGAAGAGUCCAUGAAUGAACAAGGCAGAUUUUUCUCUGACCUCCUCGAAGAAAUUACAGAAGCUCAAAAUGUAGAGCUCGAUUCUUACCACUUUAUAGUUGAAACUGAAGAUGAUGAAUCAAGUGAAGGAAACUACACAGUAGUAGAAAUCGGAGAAGAGUCAAGUGAGGAGACUAGUACACCUCUAUCAACGAUUACUGAUGAAGAUUCUUCUAGUACAAAGGAAGAAAUUUGCAUUGCUGGUAAAGACGAUCAAACUGAUGUAAGCCCUACAGAUGACAAUUGCAUCAGUAAAAGAUCAGCGAAUUCUGGUGAAGUAGAAGAUUCAAACAAGGUAGAACUCUCAACGGUUGAGAAAAAUGUUGGUGAAGUAAAAGCAUCAGGAAUGGAAGAUUACCAUAAGACAGCAGAAGCAGAUGCAUUACCAGCCAUCAGAAACAGUAUGCAAGAGGCCAUCAAACGCAAUUCCAACAAUGCAGCAUGUGAUCCUAACCUGAAGCUCCUGGACAGCAGCAGCAAUUUAAAGAGAUUGUUAAGGGGGAGGAAAGCAAAUGAGGACAAUGAGGAAGACAGAGAACUCAAUCUACGAGGACCAAAUUUUCUUACAGUUGAACCUGGACCAGAAGCAGAAAAGGUGGAUCUUAGGCACCAAGAGAUGGAUGAGAGGAGAAAUGCAGAGGAUUGGAUGCUCGACCAUGCUCUUCAGAAGACAGUCAACCAACUUGCUCCAGCUCGAAAAAGGAAGGUAGCAUUACUAGUUGAAGCUUUUGAAUCAAUUCUGCCGAUACCAAAGUUUGAGUCGAAUAUGAGGAGAAAAUCAUCAAGUUUUUCCCAUGCAAGACCCAUUCAAGCUUGCAGCUAAACACCCCUCAAAAAAGCUUGCAACUAAAACUUGUCUUUAUAUAGUUCCACUCGGUAAGGAGAUGCAGUGAUUUUACAAUGCAUAAAAAUGGUAAGGAGAUGCAGCUUACAAGUUACAAGUAACUAUGCAGCUGAUGGAUAUGUACUCAGGGUGAACUCCUGCUUAGUUUACCGAAAAGAGGCAGUCAUAACUCAAAGUAAAAAGUUUUUAUGUAUAUA